AUGCCCGUGGCAGACGUCGCGGAGGAAGCCUGCCUGUCACUUGUUAAGGCCUUCCGAUGUGUCGCGGAGAAGGGACUCUUGCAGGACGAUGCGGAUGCCGAGUCCUGGGCCCGUGAAGUGGCCCGCAUUAACGCAGAAGCGCAGAAGGCAUGGGGCGAGCAGAAAAUUCCUUUCAUACCGGCUAUGUACUUGCGACGGCGCGACCCCGCUGCUGAAAAGGCGCUUCGACUUUUGCGAACCACAAGCAAAGCCUUUGAGCUCAAUCUGCGCUUCCGGGAAAUAGAGCAACUAGACGAGAUGCAUGCCAAGUUGUGGGAGCUUCUUAGUGCUGACAAGACGCGUAUGACAAUAACCAUCACAGAGUACAUGAAAAUCCUGAAGAAGUUUAAGGCGUGGCAGGAAGAACGUUUUGAAUCGACGCCGAAGUCCUCACCUCAGCGAGAGGUGUCUGUGCGAUCAGCACAACAAGAGUGCUUGGAUGACACAACGCCGUUAGGGAAUGUCGUGUAUUUGGCCUCCGUCAUGCAACCACGGCCAUCCAUACAAUUGUACCUCUCAUGCCCCCGAUCCCCUGCAGGCGGCGUAGAGGUGGUACACAUCUACCAGCGAUUUGCCAGGCAGGUGUCCCUCGUAAAGUGUGAGGCAGAAUUGAUCAUGUGGGACACUAACAAUGACGGCUGCCUAGUCGAAGAGGAAAUGGAAAGCUACGUGCGCGACCUCGUGCCGAGGAUAGAGGCACUGCGAGACAUCACCGAUGAUAUAUUGCCCUUCUACUGCUGUGCAGUGAGUCGGCGCAUCUUCUGGGCAUUAGAUCCAGGGUCGAGAGGUUUUAUUCGCAUAGACGCGUUGUUGCAGAGCCCGGUGAUGGAUGAGUGGGUGAGUCUGCAACUGAUGCGAGAAGACCAGCCGCGGAACUGGUUCAGCGCCGCCAUCACGUCGAACUUGUAUGACAAGUUCCUCUACCUCGACACUCGCAACCGGGGAACUCUCAACGCCGAUGACAUGAAAAGGUACAAAAAGGGUCUCCCCACCGUGAUGGAUGAUGGCCUCCCUGCGGGCGUUGGGCCACUCUCAUCCCUUUUCAUUGAUCGCUUCUUUGAAACGAACGUGACAAUGGCAAAUUCAGAACUGGAUUUCCGCAAAUUUGUGGAUUUUGUAGUGGCGGUGGAGUUUCUCCCAUCAUGCCAGAAGCCGCUUUUUUUCUGGAACAUUCUCGAUAUAGAAGGAAGCGGCUACCUUCGUCCUGUGCACGUGAACCUCUUCUUUCGAGAAACACACGCCAAACUGGUGGCGGCGGGGCUUGAGGUGCCCUCACGGGAAACAGUCGUGCAGGAGGCCUUCGAUCUCAUUUCCACAGCAGAGCCGCUUUGCAUCUCUCGUGAAGAAUUCAUCAAUGCCCCACAGGCGGGCCUCUUUGUCGCCUUACUUAUUGAUUGCCUUUCUUUUUGGACGUAUGAAAAUCGGGAACAACGCUAA